AGACUUGUUAAAUAGACUUGCGAGUCUGAAACCAAACCUCCAAUAAAGCUUCGAGCUUUCAAAGGAGUGGGAAAGGACUACUCGGUUUUGAAAAGAAAAAAAAGAAAUCUUCUUUAAUUGAUGAUUGCGUACGUGUAUUGAUGUCUUUCAGGUCAAUGAGCUGUCCCUAAAAUCUCCUCCUCCUUUGGAAAUUCGAAGACACCAAGAAACUCACAAGGAUUUGGCAUUUUCUUCCGACCUCUGUACCUAUUUAAGCGUUGUUCUGCAACAUGAUGAAGCAACUACGCAUACCCAUCUUCUCUAGUAUUACUGGGUUUCUCCUCCUACUUCUGAUCUUGAAUUUAAGACCCACCACGUCACAGGAAGUUGAGGAUGAGAAAGAAUUUGAUUAUUUGGAAGGGAGUAGUAAAGGACCAGAGCACUGGGGUGAAAUUCAUGAAGAAUGGAAAGCUUGUAAUAAUGGGAAAAUGCAAUCCCCCAUUGACUUGUUGCAUCAAAGGGUGGAAGUGGUGUCGGAAUUGGGGAAGCUCAAGAGAGAUUACAGGACUGCCAAUUCAACUCUCAAGAAUAGAGGCCACGAUAUAAUGCUUGAAUGGGAAGGUGAUGCUGGGUCAAUUGACAUCAAUGGUACUGAUUAUAAGCUCCGGCAGUGCCACUGGCACUCUCCUUCCGAGCACACCAUUAAUGGCAAGAGGUUUGCCGCAGAGCUGCACAUGUUUCAUGAAAGCUCAAAUCUCGGCUUCGCAGUGAUUGGAGUCCUUUACAAAAUUGGGCGACCUGAUCCCUUUCUCUCUGAGUUGGAGGAAGAAAUAAAUGUGCUAGCUGAUACCGAAAACGAGAUUACGAUUGGGAUGGUUAAUCCAAAGCACAUAAAGUUGGGUGGAAGGAAGUAUUACAGAUAUGUGGGUUCUCUCACUACUCCUCCUUGCACAGAAGGUGUCAAGUGGACGAUCAUUAAAAGGGUGAGGACUGUUUCUGCAGAGCAAGUGAAGCUAUUACGGAGGGCGGUUCAUGACUCUGCUGAAUCGAAUGCAAGACCAUUACAACCACUGAAUGAUCGAUUGAUUGAGCUCUACGAACCCAAGACUUAUCCAGAAAAUCAGAAAUCACCAAAGCAUGAGUGACUUGAUUCUUUUGAUCUUCUGCAUUGGCAUAUAUUCUAUAAUGCUUGUACAUUGAAGAGAUCAAACAGUAUAAUGGAGUUUGGAGAGCUCAAUUUUGAUCCUCAGAUAUGCAGUAGUACUCUUCAUUCAUUUUAUAGACAAUAAAGGGAAGCUUUCCCUGUUUUUUAAUAUGGCUGUUGGGCACUUUUUUUUUUUUUCUAUGGAAAUAGCAUUUAUGUAGGGAGUACAGAGGGUUUAGAACAUUAAUGCAGUGAAAAUAUUGGUGGAGUUCUGUUUACCA